AUACCUAGGAGAAACAUCGACUGUCAUACCGUCUUUAGUAUUCAGUGAGGCAUUGUAUGAAAAUGGCUUGGCAAAGGAACACACUGCUUUUGUUCCUGGCUUGGCCUUGCUUUGCAUUGCCUGCAGCGGGAUUGGAGCGGGUUUCAGAAGAGGCAACCUUUUCCCACCACAACCUUGACACAGAGGAUGAUUAUACCGAAGACAGCGCUGUAGUACAACUUGGAGACCCCGCCAAUUUUGAUUCUAAAGCUGACCGUGAAUUCCAGGUGCAAUUCGAGGAGGUGCCAGAUGCAAAAAAGUGGGUCUCCGUUACCAACGCAGCCCCAGUCAGUGUAGCAGUUCUGUGCAGUGUGGAUCAGUUUGAAGUCACACUGCCAGCUGGUCCAAUGAGUGAAGUCAAAAUUUUGGGCUCCAACAGUAUGCUCCCUGUUCUUGAAGCCCCAGAAUCCUGUGGAUACUCAUUAAGUCGAGGACAAUACCAGAACACCUUAACUGUCCGCUUUUCAGGCUGCCUUGUCAGUCUUCAGGCUGGGUGGUACACCUUGAUGGUGUUGUUUGUCAAUGAAGCUGGCAUAAUGGAUGUUUCUACAGUGUCCUGUGCGUCUAGCCCCAAAUCCUCUGUGUCCUCGACCGUAAACCUGCCCCUCUCUGGUCUUCCCAAUGCCCGUGCUGGGCCUCCUUCUUCAAAGUGUUUUAUUGCCACCCCUCAAGAUCCCCCCACGUCUCCUGGCUGCAGUAUUCCCCAGAACCAGCACGUGGCUUGUGGUUCCACUGGAAUCUCGUCCUCCCAGUGUUUGGUGAUGGGUUGCUGUGUGGAUUUGGCCACUUCCACCUGCUUCUACCCAAUGGAUGAAUGCACUGCAGACAAACAGUUUGUCUUUGCCGUUCACCAUGACAUCACCACUUUCCCUGUGGAUCCCACCAAACUUGUAGUUGCUGGGAAGUCUAGCUGUGGCCCAGUCAUUGUCAAUGACAAGUUUGUGGUCUUCAAAUUCUCAGUCACUGAAUGUGGAACUCACUUUUAUGAAAUUGGUGAGACUGUGAUCUACACAGCAGAGGUACAGACGGUCGUCCGAUCCCUUAACCUGAAAUAUGGCAUAAUCUCCAGAGACAACCCCCUCAGAAUCAUGGUUGAGUGCCGCUACUCUAAAGCUCUGGGUACCCUGCCAGCAGUGGCGAGUGUGGGCUACAUGGUGAAAAGCCCCAGUUUCAGAUUCCCUUCAAAGGUGACAUCCAAGGGGCUGUUUGGCGUCCAACUCAGGAUUGCUGAAGACAAAACCUAUGCCAAGUACUACAAGCAGCACCAUCAGCCCCUCCGUCUCCUCCUGGGCAAACUUGUGUAUCUAGAAGUACGUCUGACUUCUCCAAAGCCAGAGGCAACACUCUUGGUCAACUACUGUCUGGCUUACCCCCGCUCUGCCAAGAAUGUUCUGGUGCUCAUUCACGAAGGGUGCGCCAACCCUCAGGACCCCAGAAUCUCCAUCCUUAAAUUCAGCAACCUGCCACAGAAGCGCCACCAGCGUCGCUUCAUGGUCCAAGCAUUCCAGUUCAUGGAUCAACACACCAACAAGUAUCUGGAUGAGGAGAUCUACUUCAUGUGCUCUACUGAAGUGUGUAUGCCUACAGAAAAAACCUGUGAAGAGCGCUGCUUUGAUGGAAUUAGGCGAUCUACUACAUGUGCUCUACCACAAUGUGGCCCACAUAAAAAAACUGAGAAGAGCGCUGCUUUAAAUGAAAGGUCUGACUGUAAUCUACCAGGGUGACGAGUGGGAAAUCUAUGCUGCUUGAACAUACUGACGAGAUGUGGACAUUUGACUUUGUUUAUUGAAAUAAAUGUUAUAUCUUGCCCA